AUGGGAAGUGUGUGGAAGCGGUUGCAACGCGUCAACAAACGGGCGGCCAAGUUUUCCUUCACCGUGUCGUACCAUGAGCUGUUCAUGGAGACGACCGCCAAAUGGCGCCCCAACAAGCUGCACGUCGUGUGGACACGCCGAUCACGCCGCGUCUCAUCGAGUGCGCUCGAAUGGCAGCCGGAUCUAAUCAACCCGCUCAGCAGCACAAUGUCCUGGCCCAUGCCGGACAACCAUACGAUCGCCGUGACGCUGUUCAAAGACAUCCGGACGCACGAGCUGGAGGAUAAGGAUUGGACGUUCGUGCUGGAGGAUGUUUCGCAGCUCGGGAAGAAGCGUGCCCUUGCGUCGGCAACGAUCAACAUGCGCAAGUAUGCGAGUAUCGAAUCGACCCAGCAAACGUUUACAUUGCGGUUGCGUCCAGUUUCGAAAAAAAUAUUGUCGGCCAACCUUGAGCUAACACUGAGCUGUGUAUUUCUGCGCGAGGGCAAAGCGACAGAUGAGGACAUGCAGAGCAUCAUCUCACUGAUGUCGGUCAAUAAUGUGUCCGAUAUUGCACCGCUGGAUGACCUUGAGGAUAUACCCGAUUUGGAAAAUUCGACAGAUUUCUCCGAGAACAUGUCCGAACUGACGAACCAACUCGACCAACUAACGACGAGUUUGAACAGCUCGGAACUACUAACGCCGAUGAGUGGUGUACCAUCUUUGCUUUCCGACGAUCAAACGCCGAUCGUGUGUGGAUCGCGUGAAAUGUUCCUAGAUAUGCUGCAAGACCGAGAGGAUGAAGCAAAACGAGAAUUGGACGAGAAUGAAAACAAGCAGUCACUGCAACGAUCGAAAGUAGAGGGAAGUGGUGAAGCUGCACAAACAUCAUCGUCUCCUAGUCAAAAGGAACUCGAAUCAUGCAUCCCAGAAACGGUACGAGCGUUGACUGAAGAGGAAGACGUUGAGGACCAGCUGGACAAACAACUGGAUGCGCUGGGAACGCUGGAAGAUGAAGAGGAUAAUGAGGAUGGUUACGCUUCCGGACGCUCAACGCCGAUCGUAGCAGCAUCGUCAGUAGGUCUCCCAACACCGGAACCACUCUCCGGGGUGGUCAUACAAGAGGAGAAAAAACGAUCGCCCGAGCCUCCGAAACCUUCACCCUUUGAUGGAAAGUCGUUUAACAGCAGUCGGUCCGAUCUCAAACCGUUAAACUUAGUCAAGAGUUAUGACAACGAACCGAGCGAAAAGGAAAGGAGCACAAGUUCUGAGCAGGAAGCGGAUGACCAUUUGGAUGUAUCAUUGGUUCCUCCUAUACGGACGGUACCGUUGCCUGUUUCGGCUGGAGGAGAAUUAUUGAAACCAUUGGGAACGCUGAAGGACAGUACGCCGGGACAGGACCUUCUCGAAUGGUGCAAGGAGGUGACAAAGAAUUACAAUGGCGUGAAAGUGACAAAUCUGACGACGAGCUGGCGCAACGGGAUGGCUUUUUGUGCGGUGAUACAUCAUUUUUAUCCUAAUCUUAUUGACAUGACCAAAUUGUCCCCUGGUAAUGUGAUCGAAAACUGUCGAACGGCAUUCGAUGCGGCAGAGAAACUUGGUAUACCGAGAGUGAUUGAGCCGCGUGACAUGAAUUUACUCGCAGUGCCGGAUAAGCUGGCGGUUAUGACGUAUCUUUAUCAGUUGCGGGCACACUUUACCGGACAUCAGCUAGAGGUUCAAUCCAUCGGUGAAACAACGGAUGAUUCCAGCUACGUGAUUGGCAAUUACAAAUCCGACAAACUGUGUAAAAAUCUGCUCAAUCUGACCGAUAUUAUCACGCCGAACAACGAUGAUCCUUUGGGGCAAAAAAUCGAUUCAAAGGCGACCCUGUUGGCCAACUCGAAGCACUUGCUGGGACGCGUACUAUCCCCUACCAAAGAUAAGCUUCCCAACUUUCCCUUUAGCCUGCUGGACGGGCCACUCGGUCCGGGACAUGUCGCCAACAAUGGUUUGAGUAAUGCUGAUAUCGGUAGCCAGCAGCACCGAGCAGCUGAUGAAGAUAUCAAUAGUAAGCCAACGAAUGGUGUGAGUGGCCAUCAUGGCAGUGUAGAUAGUGGCAGUACCAAUACUUCUACAACAGUGAAUGAGGAAACUUCAAUAGAAAACCGUAUCGUUUUUACGGCAGUAGACAGUAGCAGUACAGUGACCGUAAACGGAAAUAGCGCUAGUCCAUCGGAGGAUGAUACUGGAACUGAAACCAUCGCACAGCAGGACGGAACGUCCUCGUUCGAUUCCCAAAGACGUGCCCAAAUGGAAAGUAAAUUACAGCACAGCGAUAGAGACGAUGGUGGUGAUGACGGAGAGAUUCAAACGCUGCCCCAAACGUUGGAUUUAAAUAAAGCGAACAAAUUGAUUUUACGGCACAAAGAAAUGAGUGAACGGGCCAAGCUCAUGAUAGAACGGCUUAGAUCGUCGCACGUAGAUAGCAAAGGUGACAAGGAUGCAGUCGAACGACAGGCCAGGCUGCGUGAGGAGGCCAGAAAGUUGAUUGCUGGGGCGAAGUUAAAACUAUCAGGGCUAGACUCUCCGUCAUCGCCCACAAAGCUGUUUCCUUCCGGUGGUCGUCCAGUGGCUCCACUAUCUCCGGAUCGGGCUAUCUCACCCAUCAACAAUGGAUCAGAGUUUAUCUUUCCCAUCGGUCAUCACCACUCUCAUAGAAAGGAUAUGGUUUCACCCGGACAACAGGAUGCAAAUGGCAAGGAUAGUAAGGGUCACAACUACAAGAUGGUGGAACAUAAUAGUAACCAUCCACUAAAGCGUGCCACUCCGUCGCCGAGCAAGUUGAUUGAGUUUAUGGGACCAAAGAGUGAAGACGACAUUGGUCAGGUGGAACGUGUAAACUACAUUCAAAGUGAGCUUAACAAACUGGAACGCGAGCAAGAAGCUAUCGAUCUGAAAGCAAAUGCUCUGGAGAAGAAAUUACGCGCUGUGAUGGGUGGAACGAUGACAAACGUUUCUGAAACUGAAGAUCAACUGAUGUCACAAUGGUUUACUUUAGUGAACAAAAAGAACGCACUACUUAGGCGGCAAAUGCAGCUUAAUCUACUUGAACAAGAGAAUGAUCUUGAGAAAAAGUACGAAAUGCUAAACAUGGAGCUGCGAGCUGCCCUCUCCAUCGAGGACUGGCAAAAGACGGAGGAGCAGCGCGAGAAGGAAGCACUACUGCUGGCGGAAUUGGUGGCGAUUGUCGACAAACGGAACGAGCUGGUGCAGAAUUUGCACAGCCAAGAACAAGCCAUCGAAGAUGACGACGAAAUAGAAAGGAAGCUUGAGACGGUAGAUAUUAAUCAAAAGGACGAAAAGUGUGUCAUCCAGUGA